GGAAGGAGAGGUGAGGAGAGCUGGCCCCCGUGCGCCCUGCCCCACACCACACCUUGGAGCGUCCAGCCUGAGGGGGACCAGCGAUGCCUCUGGGGAUGAAUAAGCAUGGAUCUCGCUCUACUACCUCUUUGCCUCCGGACCCCACAGAGAUCGUCAGGAGCAAGGCCUGCUCCCGCAGGGUCAAGCUCAACGUGGGGGGGCUGGCCCACGAGGUUCUCUGGCGGACCUUGGACAGGUUGCCGCGGACCAGGCUGGGUAAGCUCAGAGACUGCAACACACACGACUCCCUCAUGGAGAUCUGUGAUGACUACAACCUGGAGGAGAAUGAGUACUUCUUUGACAGGCACCCUGGGGCAUUCACCUCAAUCUUGAACUUCUAUCGUACUGGCAAGCUGCACAUGAUGGAGGAGAUGUGCGCCUUGUCCUUCAGCCAGGAGCUGGACUACUGGGGGGUGGAUGAGAUCUACCUGGAGUCCUGCUGCCAGGCACGUUACCACCAGAAGAAGGAGCAGAUGAAUGAGGAGCUGAAGAGAGAAGCUGAGACCCUGAGGGAAAGGGAAGGGGAGGAAUUUGAUAACACUUGCUGCGCUGAUAAAAGGAAAAAGCUCUGGGACCUCCUGGAGAAGCCCAACUCCUCCGUAGCGGCCAAGAUUUUGGCAAUCAUUUCCAUCAUGUUUAUUGUACUAUCUACAAUUGCCUUGUCCCUUAACACACUUCCUGAACUACAAGGCGUGGAUGAAUUUGGGCAGACCACAGAUAACCCCCAACUUGCCCAUGUGGAAGCGGUGUGCAUUGCAUGGUUUACAAUGGAAUACCUCUUGCGGUUCCUAUCCUCGCCUAAGAAAUGGAAGUUUUUCAAAGGCCCACUGAAUGCUAUUGAUUUGUUAGCUAUCUUACCGUAUUAUGUCACUAUCUUCCUCACAGAAUCCAACAAAAGUGUACUUCAGUUCCAAAAUGUACGACGAGUGGUCCAAAUCUUUCGGAUUAUGAGGAUACUCCGGAUUCUAAAGCUCGCCCGGCACUCAACGGGUUUACAAUCCUUGGGGUUUACAUUGAGGAGGAGUUAUAAUGAGCUUGGAUUACUCAUCUUGUUUUUGGCCAUGGGCAUUAUGAUCUUUUCCAGUUUAGUAUUUUUUGCAGAAAAGGAUGAGGAUGAUACGAAAUUCAAGAGCAUCCCAGCUUCCUUCUGGUGGGCAACAAUCACCAUGACAACAGUAGGCUAUGGAGACAUCUACCCCAAAACACUUUUAGGUAAAAUAGUAGGAGGACUGUGCUGCAUCGCUGGAGUGCUGGUCAUUGCUCUUCCUAUCCCAAUUAUUGUCAAUAAUUUCUCUGAGUUCUACAAAGAGCAGAAGAGGCAGGAGAAAGCCAUUAAGCGCAGAGAAGCUCUUGAAAGAGCAAAAAGGAAUGGCAGUAUCGUCUCCAUGAACAUGAAGGAUGCUUUUGCCCGUAGUAUAGAACUCAUGGACAUUGUGGUCGAAAAGAACGGAGAAAGCAUAGCAAAAAAGGAUAAAGUUCAGGACAAUCAUUUAUCUCCCAACAAAUGGAAAUGGACCAAGAGAACACUCUCUGAAACUAGCUCUAGUAAAUCUUUUGAAACUAAAGAACAAGGAUCUCCAGAAAAAGCCAGGUCUUCUUCAAGUCCCCAGCACCUGAAUGUCCAACAGCUAGAGGACAUGUAUAACAAAAUGGCAAAGACUCAGUCACAGCCAAACCUUAAUACAAAAGAGUCGAGUCAGCCUGGAAAGCAAAAGGAAGAGCUGGAAAUGGAGACCCUUCCCGGCCCUAUGGUGCCCUUGCUGACCACUCGUGCUGAUGGGAUCAUUGACAUGAGGAGCAUGUCAAGUAUCGACAGCUUCAUAAGCUGUGCUGCAGAGUUCCCUGACUCUGGGAGGUUUUCCCACAGCCCACUUGCUACCAUUCCCUGCAAAGGUGGCAUUAAUGUGAUUCCGGAGCAGAGCAGGCCAGAGGGGAGUGGUGCCAGAUUUGUGGAAAUAAACCCAAGCUCUGAAGGCAGCCACCGUUCUGCUUUUUUCAUAGAAAGUCCCAAAAGCUCCAUAAAGGCCAGUAACCCUUUAAAACUAAGAUCUCUGAAAGUCAACUUCAUGGAAGAGGACACCAGCACAUUAGUACCAGCAUCAAAUGUACUGAGAAUAUAUUCAGACCCUCUCAAGAGCAGGGGAGCUGCUGCUGCUGCCACAGACACCUCCUUACUCUCUGACAGAUCUCUGAUGAGUCCGGAAACCUCCAUCUACACAACCGCGAGUGCUAGAACGCCCCCAAAGUCACCAGAGAAGCAGACAGCCAUAGCUUUCAACUUCCAUGAUGCCGGUAUACAUAAAUAUAUAGAUGCUGACACAGAUGACGAAGGUCAGCUGCUUUAUGAUUCCAGUCCUCCCGGAUGUCCCCCAGGAAAUGUGAGUCCCAAGUACAACGUUACAAACAGUGGUUAUCUAAAGCAAAAGGACAAUGUUUAUAGAACAGAGAAGAACCAUCUAGAAGCUUCUGCUUUACCCACCUCUCCUAAGCUAAUAGGGCAAAACUGCAUUUACUCUAUGGAAGGUAUCACUGGAAGAACCCAGGGCAAUCAGGAGACUGUCAGACUAGAAAAUCACAUUUCGCCAGAAGUCCAUGUAUUACCAGGUGGCGGAGGACAUGCUAACACACAUGAUCAAAGCAUCUGAGACAUGCUUCGAAAGAACUUACUGGGAGUUUAAAGGAAUGUCUUUACAGUCAACACAAAAAGAGCUUCUGCAUGGCAUGAACUUGGCUGAAACAAGCCACCUGUUUCUAAAAGUCUGAGGGGAGGUCCAGUGUGGGUUUGUGACAAUGUCCUUCUCUGAAUCAACUCUAAAGACGUUACCCAAUUCAAGCGCUACAAACAUCGGUCAGAAAAUAAGGAUUGCAAAUCAUGAUCGCACAUUGAUCUCCUUUCAUGUUGUCCAGUGAAGCCAAUGUGACCAAAUAUCCAUCCAUCCCCUUGAACGCUAGAGCUCCUUUGGGAAAUAUUAACAUCCGAUUUGCGUUAGUUCCAUAAAGGAUGCCAAGGCAGCCAGAUUUGAACUCUGGAAUAAAUUGCUGGGGUUGGUAUAAAGCUAUCAAAAACACAAUGCUCACUGCUUCAGGGCAGCUGUUCCCCAUCUACAGCUUUCUCUGAUGGAUAUUAUGUCUAGAGGUAACAGGGAACACUUGCAUUAUUGGAAAAUCCAAGUGAAAACCAUUUAAAACAAAUAGUGCUCUAGAGAAACCAAUUAUUAAAAUGCUCUGUGUGUAUUUAACAAUACAAUAUCCUGUAGGACCUGACAUUUUCUUUUGAAAUAUCAGCAGGGUGAGUUGCACCACUUGUAUCUAAUUCCAAACAUCCCCUAGGACGUAGUGAAACUUGCACUUACCCUCUGCUAAAAUCAGUAGCUACUCUAGGGCCAGAGCGUGGCCCUAAGGGGACGCACAGCCCACGCUGGGAAGGUGGGAAUGAGCCAUGCAGAAGCAGGAAUCUCCGGAGGCAUCGCAGCCAGAGCUGCUUCCCGGGGCCAGGGGGAGCAGGCCUGGAAGGAGAGCUCAGCUCCUCUCCCGGGCACAACCCAUGCUCUCGCCCUACUCCUCUGCUCCGCCGCAGCCCUCCUGCACCGAGGAGAGAGGCUCGCUGCCCUGUCCGGCCAGGGUGUCCCAAGCGCAGUGACAGCGCUGGGUUCGCGCAGCACUUGUGCUGUGGCUGGCCCCUACGGUGCAGUGCCUGGGGCCGGGACAGCUCCAGGGGGUCCCCCCUUCCCGCCCACACUCCGACUUUAGGCGUCAGCCAACAUCUCGCCCUCGGCGUAGGAGAGGAAUCAGUCGGUCUGAAGCUUUUUGCACCCUGAGUGGUGCAGCGAAAGAUAUGCAAGUGUUACAUAAAUAUGCAAAAAGAGGGAUUCUUUAGUCACCCGCCCCGGGCCUGGUUGUGCUUCUCUUGCAGGGAUGUCAGGGCAGGAUUGACUCCUGCAAAGCUAACGGAGUCGUGCCAGCGCAAAGCGGCUGCAAGAGACAGGAGAAUCGGGCCUGAUGUUUUAAUAACAUCCAGUCAUUUUUAAACAAAACAACAACAAAAAAAAAAAGAUUUGACCGUUUUAAACUAACAGAAUAGCAGCCACCAGCCUAGGUUUUUAAAAUAUUAUUGUUUCAAUAAAGUUAUGUCAAAUUGUGUAGGAAAUAAUUUGUCUUUGGUUUUUUAAUAACGGGGGGGAAAAGCACUUUACGUUGACUUUUUGUUGUUGUUGUUGCAAUGCUGGAGUAGGAUAGCAGAGUGUAACAAUCAAGCACUUUAAACAAGCACUAUUUUAAUUUGUGCCUCCUGUCGUGACUGUGAUUUGUUACACACCCGUAGCAAGUCACAACCUGUCCUGUGAUAACUGUGAUGGUAAUAUUUUAUGUUGUAUCUGUUUCUACUGUAAAACUCGAUUGUAAAUAACUCUGUCAAUAAGCGUUUCCUAACCUAUUUCUGAGUACCUGCCGAGGCGUGUAACUAUUUGCAUGCAACAGGUCUUGGAACGUGCUAAUAAACGGGACUCGGCAGAGGAUGCGCACACGUCGGAGGAAGACUGUAAGCCACUCGAGUCCGCUACAUUUUGUUCCUUUCUAUUGUGAAAAAAAAGCUGUUGGUUAGUCCUGAAUGUAAAUGUCUGUCCGUCCAAGCUGUACAGUCUGUAAUCUGUAAUAGUGAAUGCAGCAUGUACGGACAAAAGCAAUAAGCACAUAUAUGUUGUAGAAACUAUUCUGGGUUAUGAUUAUAGCUUUGUUAGGUCUCUCCUCGGCACAAUACUGUACACACAUUGGGAUUAACUCUGCUCUCAGUCUACGCAGCGGUUGUUCAGCUGAUCCCCUCGUGGUGGGACAUAGACCAUGGAGGUACUUCCUCGCAAGUCGUACUUGCUUCCUAGUAAGGCAAAAGCCUGGGUAAGGAGCGAGUAAGAACUGAGCUAUGACCUCACGAAUUAGCCCACUGACAGCAAAAGAGACCUCAUGUCAUGCAAAGAGUUACACGGGAGGUACUCGAAAUAAGUUAAAGGUAGCUAUGCUUGCAAACUAUACUCUCCAGAGUAUUUACGCAGGGCCAAUUCCUGAGGUUCCUCAGUUUUUACUCUGUCUUCACUCAGCCAAAACCACCGUUCAUCUGAACGGGCUCUUUGCCUGGUGAAGGACUUUAGGAUUUGGCCAUAGUAAAUACAAGUGUACUUAGAGGAACCGAUGUAUUGCUGAGAUACUAGUUAAGAUUGAGUCAUUAUGAAAAAGUAAAGUGACUUUCCAGCAGAUAAGCUUUAAUUACUGAUUUAUUCUAUGAUUUCCAAGGCCAUAGAGCGGCAAUGAGAAAUUUAAAGAGAACAGUCUUAACAUAAUCUCUAUGUUUCAGUGAUCAUUCAUGUCUGCCAUCAGCACAAAUGUAAAAAGGAAAAAAAAAAAUCAGGGAACCUUUUUUUGAUAAAGUAAAUAAUAGUGAUUUCCAAGUUGAAUAUUUUUAGAGCUGAUGCUUUCAUGUGGAGAAAAAGUCAUAUUUUACAUGUCACAGAAGUGAAUACAUUUAAAUAUAGCCAUAUAGUGUAGUAUUUACCACACUUUCAUCCAAUUGGUUUAUAGAUGGCACUGACAAAAAUGUAUAGAUCAACAAUUCUAUCAUUUUUUAACUGAUAAUCAACUGGUGCAACUCUCCUUGUAACCAAAGGCCCUCUCUCUGCCUUGUGUGAUCACUUUAUGACACACACCUUAUAUCAUCUAUUUAGUCCUACCUUUAAAGUAGCAUUUUAUUGAGUCACUUUUGAAAGCCAAAUUCAAAAGUAUCACUAAAAAUCUACCUUUUAAGUCUGAAUAGCCAAAGUCCUAUAGAUUUCUUAUAGAAAGCAAAUAAUUUAAAAUGAAGCAUAUAAUAUGCUUGAAGAGCAUUUCUUUCUUAUUUGUGUAUGAAGAUGUAGCUCUCAUUUUGUGCCCAGUUAAAAAGGAAGUAUGUUUAAUUUAUUUUAACGAAAUAAAGUCUAAAUAUGAAGUACGUAUCUAUAUAUGUGUGUGUGUACAUAAUACACAUAUAUAUAAUGUAAGCACUGGGAAAUCUACUCAAAAAUAAAGUUAUGGUAGACUAAAUCUGUACUCAUUACAAAAGGAAAGGCAGUGCUUUGAAAACAUAAUGCUCACCAAAUCCUAUAGAUACUAGGAAGACAAUUUCAUUUUAUAGUUUGAUAUAGGUUUCCCAAAACUCAUGAAAGUAAGGGAAAAAUAUGCAAUAUCUCUUGCAUCAAGCUAAAGUGUGCAAUUCAGUCACUGAUAUUUGGCAUUCAGGUCUGUGUAUCGUGUACCAAGCAAGCUGACAGAGAUUCACGUAAUGCUGCAGAAGACAUCAUCUCUGAAAAGACUAUGUACAUGUGAUGUCUGUUCUUGCUUGUAUUUUACACCAUCAACUUCAUUUUUAAUACAUAUAUAAAUAUAUAUAUAAAAUAUAUAUAUAAUGCGGAAGGAAUGGGUGCAGUUUUCUUAACCGGGAGGCAAAGAUCCUUUGAGUUUUAUCCUUGAACAAAGGAAAACAGCAGUCACUUAUUGCAGUAGAUUUCUCAGUGCCUUUUUCUUAGAAACUUCACCUAAGCACACUUAAGGAAAAACGAGAGUCUCCUGUGAAAUCCACAUUUUCUGAAAGGUUCAAGAGUCUAUAAAGGUGGAAGAAGAAAAAAAAAAAGAGGAAAAGAAAACCAAUGGAACGCACAUUCUCUUUCUGAACAUACCGUGUGUCAAAUGCCGGGGAAUAUUUGUCUGUGCAAGUCACACAGAAACAAAUCCAAGGAGGUUGGUUUCUUUGGCAACCAUGGCUGUGAUAAACUGUAGCCUUUUCUUCCCUUGCAGCUAAUAAGAUAAACAUUUCUAAGGAAAACAGUAUUCUCUUCUGUAAAAUUGUAAUGUAUUGUUAAUAUUUGUACCUAUUGUAUAUUUAUGUCUUGACAGAAUUAUGACUGGUACAGUUUAUAGUAAAUAACAAGGGUAUUUAAAACUCAUUACAAAGACAAGGUUUCUAAAGCCAGGUUCUCUCUCUGCUGGUAAGCUCCACCCAACACCAUCUCCAAUAGUUUUUAACGCUCCUUUUUAAAGCAAAUAGUAGAAUUGCUGAAUAAAGUAGCACAGCGAUGGCGACCGUACGGCACGGACUUUGCUCUGUGCAGCUCGGCCUGGAGCAACGUGGGGAGGUGGACUUCCCAGGCGACUCCAAAUUAGCUCCAACUUCUUCCGCAAAGCGCUCAUGUUUUCUCAGUCAUUCUGCUUACAGUACUCGAAAUGAGCAAGUAUUACCUUAGAUUGCUUUAGAAGGACCCACUUGGGGAGAAUAUGGCUUUAAAUAGUUCUUGAAUAAAGUACAGAUGUUCUAGUUACCUCUGUACCUUCUGUUUGCCAUUGUGUUGGCUUUAUAAGUAUCUGAUGUAUGGAAAAGUCAUGUGACUUUCAUGCAUUCCAGAGUAGUCUAUUUUUCU